AUGAAGAAAUUUAUCGCGACAAUUGCUUUCAUGACAGAUGAAAUGUUGGAUGAAACACAAGCAAGAGUUUCAAAUAAAGCAAACAACACUGAAAUUAUCUGUGAUCUGAAGUUCCACUUGUACAAUUUAAUACCUGGUGGAUUUGAAGAAAAGCGUGUGCAGUUUUAUGCUGCUGAAAUUACUCUCGGCUUACAACAUUUACACAAGGAGCAUAUCAUUUACAGGGAUUUGAAACCAGAAAAUAUUCUUCUUGAUGAUUACGGUUGUUUUAGUUUUCUGUUUUAUCUUUAUCGGGGGAAAUUUGUUUGUUUGUUUAAAAAUUAAAUGAGUGGCGAUGGAAAAUCCGUCACCAUUAAAUUAAAACCCAUUUGGUAAUAUAUCGGAACGAUUCAAAUACAAGCCGGCUAG